GUGAAUGUCCUGGAGCGUGUCUAGCCCAUCUGUCAUUUACAUAUGUCAGUGUGAUUCAAGCUCGUUAACCAUAAUGGAGCAGCUGUCAAAUAGUAUAUUUUUUGUAUUAAUUUGGAUUUUUACGGCCUUUUCACCGACUGCUGCACAUUACUGUGUGUGGGGAUUGUGUGAAUCAUGGGAAUUUUGUUGCGAUGAAAAUAUAUGCUGCAGUAGCAAAGAUUACAAUAUAUGGAUCACUGUGAUGAUCAUAGCUGCAAUUGUAAUCGGAAUGGUGCUGGCUGGUACAUGCUUGACCUACAAUCUCCGUCGUAUCUAUCUUUAUUUGCAACAAAGAUAUUAUGGUUUUAAUUCUGUGUCUGUGCCAUCAGAAUUCGAGUCUGACGGAAAAUCAAUAAAGAUUUCACUUCAGGAGUAAAAUAUGUAAAUAAUCUUUAAUUGGACCAAAUUUGUAAUAUAUUAUUGUUAAAUGUAAGCAUGAUACAUUAAGUCUCUUAUAUUUCUAAUAAUUUAUGCUUAUACAUUAGAAUGUGUUAAGUAAAUUAUAAUUGUGUAUUGUUA